CCAGUCCCAACCCCUCAAGUAGAGAGAGAGAGGGGGCUUCCAGUGGAGCCGAACUGGGGAGGACAUAAUAAUAAUAAUAAUAAUAAGAAGAAAAAGUUAGCGAAAGGGCGAUGCCGGAGCGAAACCCUCGAAAUCCGAUGGCAAUGGAGAUGGAAACGCUCAGAUCCUUCAGGAUGGAUCGCCAGUCCCCCGAGGUCGCCAAGCUCCGCGCGGCCGUCUCCCGGAAGCUCUUCGACUUCCUCGGCAACUACUCCGACGACGUCCUCGCGGAAUACGUUGUAGUGCUUGUUUGCAAUGGGAAAAAUCAGAAUCAGGCACGGGAUGACCUGGAGGCAUUUCUUGGGGAUGAGAGUGCAAAAUUUGUGGCAUGGCUCUGGGAUUAUCUCUCUGAGGAAAUAAGCAUUUCAAGAUUACCUCUUGACUCUUCAAACCUUAAAGCCGAGGGGACAAGUAUGCAAGACAAUUUUUUUGACAGGGAGCAGAAACCUAGCAGGCUACUUGAUCAUCAGAUUAUUGACAUUCAGCUGUCUAAGGAUGGCUUGUAUGAAUCGCCAAACUUCUCUACAAACUCUACAAACACCAAUAAAGUUUCAGAGAGCCUCCAACGAUGGCAUCCAAGUGACGCCCCUUCAAUUGAAGUAGAUGCUGAGAGAUCACUGGCACAGACACAUGAAGUUCACCAGAAGUUUAUUCCAACUGACACUAACUCCAGUGGAUCCAUUAAGCAUAUGUUAUCUAGCCUACGAUAUGAGAGUCAGCAUCAGAAGAUAACCAAAAGUAAUUCCAGUGCAUUACCUUGUCGACCUUUGCCCAUGCCAAAGACAGAAGCAGUUGCAAGGAAGUCACAAUCAACUAUUAUAGAAGAUGCUGAAUCUAGGCCCCUGUCCAUGAAAAAUACUUCUGCAAGAAGGCUGCCUUCAAAAGUCAUGGAAGUUGAAGAGCAUCAAAAUACUCAGCCACGUGGUAGUGUCUGGGAUAGAUUAGGGAAGCCAUGUGAAGAAGGUGAUCUUUUAAGGGAAAAGACAAACUGUCAUGGAGAAGAGCCUCAAAAUAUUAGAGCAAUUGAGCCAGAUGCAACAUUAAGUUCUGCUCUAACUGGUAGGUUGGCUGCGCUUGAUGAAGUUUGUGACAGGACCAUCUCCAGCCACCAUUCCGACAGGUACGGUAAACAGGAGCGGAAUUCCCAUACAUUGGUCACUCCUGAUCAUGGGGAUAAAUCCAAACGCAAAAGACAAUAUGGUCAGAUUGAUUCUGGGAACGGUUCUGCAUCUUUUUCUGGGUGCAAGGAGAAUCAUCUCCAGGAUAAAGAAGCAUUUCCCAAGUUGCAAAGAUCAUUACCUGUUAAACAUAACGGUUUGCAAAGCUUAAAUGAAUCUACAACUGAAGCUAAAGGUUCAACUAUGAUGUUUUCUGAGCCAGCAUGCCAUUCAGCAGAAUCUUCAAGGCUGGAGCCUCAUCUAGAGUUCAAUACAGUGUCUCAAUCUCAGUUGGACAAAAGGGCUUUAGUAACCACUCCUAUGCAGAAUCUGGUUCCAGCUAACAAUCCAGCACCAACCCAAUCUGAAUCCCCCAGCAAUGCACAUGGAAAUGGCAACAGUAGGCCUAUGGAAAAUGAAAUGUUGAAUGUGAAGUUAAAACUGCGCCAAGUUGAGAUGGAUAUGGUUAAGCUCCGUUCGAAGCAGGUGGAGAUGAACAAUGGAAAACUCAAUGCAUCAUCAGGUGUUCAAAAUAAUCCAGAGGAGGAUAUUGAGUCAAGGACUGUUCUUGUGACAAAUGUGCAUUUUGCAGCAUCAAGAGAAGCAUUGUCAUCAUAUUUCACAAAGUGUGGGGCAAUUGUCAAAGUUGUCAUGCUAACUGACACUAUAACUGCUCAACCAAAAGGGGCGGCAUACAUUGUCUUUGCUGGCAAGGAUUCAGUGGACAAGGCACUAUCUUUGAGUGGGACUUCAUUCUUCUCUCGGAUACUUACGGUGAUGCGAAAAGCAGACAUGCCUCCCGGAUUCUUGGUGCCAGCCCAGCCAGCUGGAAAGCAUCUUCAACCAUGGAACCCUCAGCUGCCCAAGAAGAGUCCCAUCCAAAGACAUUGUACGAGCUCCAAUCUCCAAUGGAGACGCGACCAGUCAGCAAGCAGGGAGAACUCCAUACUUGCCACUACAAUUGGAUUGGGAUCGUCCAACGUUGGCAAGUAAUCCAUCAUCAGCUUUAUCUGGAGCCCUUGCAUAAAAAAAACAUGUCAGUCCUAUAGAUUCAAAUAUGAGUUGACAGAGAGGAUAUUAGAUUCAUAUAGUACGAUUUUAUGCAGCUUCAGUACCUCUAUGAUUGUAACAAAUGGUCACAGCAUUGCUGACACGAGAGGCAUUCCAACACCAUCCUAUGCUGCCUCAAUCCCCACAUUAUCUGGUUGCAGAUCAUGAUCCCUGAUCAGUUUCUUUUUUUCCCCCCUUCUGAUCAAGAUCGGAAUUCUCUUGUGGAGAGUGGUGUAGAUCUCUCCAGCCUCCUGAUCCUAAUUUGAACUCCACUAGACAUUUUAUUAUCUGGAUCUUAUCUACUUCACUUGAGAAUGCGCUGUCACUAUAUGUGGGGAUUAGAGUAGACCGCCCAAAUAUUUAGGUCCCAGCCACGUCGAACUAUGUUUUUUCUUUGCUUGACUGUGACGUAAUUCAUUUUCAUAGUGUCUUGGAUAGGUUCAUGUAAAUGUUCAAAUGAACUACUGGAAUAUUCUCUCAGUUAAAAUGAAGAUGGCAUGUUACUAGUGAAAUGAUCA